AGUUGGGAUGGCUGGAACUUUUAAAGCUGAAAAUGCAAGAAGACAGCCCAGGUGGCAGAAGAAGACACAUGAGAAAUGAGCGUUACAAUACGCCAACAAAACCAAAGAAGUUGUCUGUGUCUGGUGCAAAACAGAAGGCUAAAGAAUUCGCUACUAAAGAUGACAAGUCUACUCGUGUCUUGGCCAAGCAAGCCAUCCUGGAGGAACUCAGUACCCAUCUGGUCGUAAGAGCUCAGGGUGUAGCGCCGCAAAGUCGAAGAAAAGGCGUGAAAAGUGGAAAUGAUUCAGAUCAUGCUAAGUCAAGUAAUAUUAAGGAAGAGGAAAGAAAAGCUGUUAAAUUCUCAUCAAAGAUCCCAAGAAGAGUAGAUGGAGGUUAUGUUGGUGCAGCCCACAAGAGACAUGUGAAGUCUUUACCACAACAUGAGCAGAAAUCUCACCAUGAAACAGCUAUUCCUGAUAAAAACGAUGCAAGAUUCCAAGAAACUCGAAGAAGGUUUCAUUUAAAAAUCUACCUUACAAUAUUAUUUCCAUUACUUAGUCACUAUUUGACGUAUUGUUUAACUUUGUUUUUGGUCUAAAUUUUUGAAAUUUGGA